AUGAUCACUACACGUAACCCAAUUACGCUUCUGCUGUUGGUCACCUUGUGGCUUCAGCUGGUCUGGGCCGGCCUCAAGGAACCGACGACGGUCAAGGGCAAGCCAUUCCCGUCGCUGAUUGACGCCACCAUGGAAGACAUCUCCAAGGGUCUCGACACUAAACUCUUUACGAGCGUCGACCUGACAAAGGCCUACAUCGCCCGCAUCAACGAGGCAAACGGCUACUUCCACGCCGUCACCGAGAUGAACCCAGACGCCCUUAAAAUCGCCGCCGAGCUGGACGAAGAGCGCGCACAAGGCAAGACCCGCGGCCCCCUUCACGGCAUCCCCGUGCUUUUAAAGAUGAGCAUGGCCAGCGCCGACUCCAUGAACACCACGGGCGGCUCGACGCUGCUCCUCGGCGCCAAGUUCGCCCGCGACGCCACCGUCGUCCGCAAGGUGCGCGAGGCCGGCGGCGUGAUACUAGGCAAGGCCAACAUGAGCCAGUGGGCGACGUUCCGCAGCAGCGACAACAGCUCCAGCAACGGCUGGAGCGCCCACGGCGGCCAGUGCCUCGGCGCCUACCACCCGGACAUGGACCCCAGCGGUUCGUCCAGCGGGUCCGCCGUCGCCACCACCCUGGGCCUGGCCGCCGCCGCGCUGGGUACCGAGACGGACGGCUCCGUCAUCCUGCCCGCGCAGACGGCCAGCCUGGUUGGGAUCAAGCCGUCCGUGGGGCUGACGUCGCGCUUCCUCGUGCUGCCGGUCAGCGAGCACCAGGACACGGUGGGGACGAUCGCACGGACGGUGAAAGACGCCGCGCGUCUGCUGCAGCCCAUCGUGGGCCGGGAUGACCGCGAUAACUACACAGACGCGAUCCCGUUCGAGCAGGUGGCGACGCCAGACUAUGAGCGCGCGACGGGGAACAAGGACGCGCUCAGGGGCGCGCGGCUGGGCGUGCCGACCAACACGAUCGCGCUGUUCAACUACACCCUGCCCGACCAGGACCCGGUGAUGCAGGCGUUCCGCGCGGCAGUCGACGAGAUCCAGCGGGCGGGGGCGGUCGUGGUCGAGGCAAACUUCACCAUGGCGGAGCAGUGGAACAAAUCCAAGUCGGAGAACAUUGUGCUGUUUUCCGACAUGGUCACGGCGCUGCCUAAAUUCCUGGCCGAGCUGACGGUCAACCCUUCGGGGAUCAGGAACCUGGCCGACGUCAGGCGGCUGACCAUUGAGGCGGGCGCCAAGGAGGACUACCCGGCCCGGGACGUCGAGACGUGGGAUAUAUGCCUCGACAAGCAGGGAUUCGGCAACGAUGACCCGCGCGCGCUGGCCGCGCUGGCCGAGGAUAGAAUGCUCGGUGGCGAGGGGGGUCUGCUGGGGGCCAUUGAGCGGCACAGGCUCGACGCCAUCCUCAUGCCGACGCCGAUAUCGAGGAACUUUGCGGCGAUUGUGGGCGCACCCGUCGUGACUGUUCCGAUGGGCUACUAUCCUGCGUCUCAGCCUGUAAAGAGAUCUCCUGGCAGGAUUGGUCUUGUGGACACGGGUCCCAACAUACCGUUCGGGUUAAGCUUCCUGGGCGCAAGGUUUACCGAGGAGAAGCUAAUAGGGCUGGCCUAUGGUUAUGAGCAGCGGACAAAUUUCCGGGACAAGGUGCCGCCGAUGAGGAUACCCAAGACAGAGCUUGGUGAUAUUGUUGGCUUCUGA